GCCAGUUCCGUUCAACCCAUCUCGAAUUUCCCGUCGGCAAUGCCUCCUAAGGCGAAAAUUACAGACGCUGAUGUCAUACAUCUUGACAGUGACAGUGACGACGACGUCGGAGUAGGGGAAGGAGGAGAGUUUCGGAGCUUGGCAUCUAUAAUGGGAAAUCCGCAACUUCCAAGUACGAACGCCGAUUCGACGAUGGCUCCCCGGGAAACCCUAGAAUGCCGGAGCUUCUGGAAGGCCGGAGACAACUUUGUGAUUCCGAAAGUUUUUAAUCCCACUCCUCCAGGUAUGGUUGAGCAUGCUCGAAUUCAUCCCAAGUUUCUUCACUCGAAUGCCACUUCACACAAAUGGGCUUUUGGAGCAAUCGCAGAGCUACUUGAUAAUGCUGUUGACGAGAUACAAAACGGUGCCACUUUUGUCAAGAUCGAUAAGAUCGAUAUUGUCAAAGAUAACUCACCAGCUUUAGUUUUCCAAGAUGAUGGCGCCGGGAUGGAUCCCGAUGGGAUCAGAAAAUGCAUGAGCUUAGGCUACUCAUCAAAGAAGUCUAAUACAACGAUUGGACAGUAUGGAAAUGGUUUCAAGACAAGUACCAUGAGACUUGGAGCUGAUGCCAUCGUUUUCAGUCGCUCAACUCGUGGAGGCAAAUCUACUCAGAGCAUUGGCCUUCUGUCUUACACGUUCCUUAGGAGAACUGGCCAGGACGACGUGGUUGUUCCAAUGAUUGAUAUUGAUAUAUCCAAUGAUCAACCCCAACCAAUUAUCUAUGGAACUCCCGAAGAUUGGUCUGCCAACCUUAACAUUCUUCUCAAAUGGUCACCGUUUUCAACAAAGGACGAACUUUUGCAGCAGUUCGAGGAUAUUGGAACGCAUGGAACAAAAGUAAUUAUAUACAACUUGUGGCUGAAUGAUGAAGGAAUCUAUGAGCUGAGUUUUGACGACGAUGAUGAGGAUAUACGGCUCCGAGAUGAAAAUGCUCUGGACGGGAAACGGGUACACACGAAAACAUUAGAACUAAGAGCUCAUAUAUCUUACCGUUUGCGACAUUCUUUAAGGGCUUACACGUCCAUGUUAUAUCUCAAAAAGUUCAACAACUUCAAAAUUAUUCUUCGGGGAAUCCCUGUGGAGCAAUACAACAUUGCUGAUGAACUCAGACACCCUGAGACUAUAAUGUACAAACCCCAAGCAGCCGCAAUGGAAUAUGCUGCGACUGAAAUUAAAGUUGGAUUCAUCAAGGAGGCGCCUAGAUUUCCAAUGAGCGGUUUCAAUGUCUAUCACAAAAACCGUCUCAUCCAGCCUUUCUGGAAGGUCACUCUGAGCGGGUCAGCGAAGGGCAAUGGUGUUGUCGGAGUUCUUGAAGCAAACUUCAUAGAACCGGCUCACGAUAAGCAAGAUUUUGAGAGGUCUACUCUAUACCAGCGACUGGAGGCAAGGUUGAAAAAGAUUAUUGCUGAUUACUGGUAUAGCCACUGCCACGUUUUCGGAUUCCAAAGUCAUUUAGAUAAGUCGAAAAGGAUAGCAAUACCUGAUCAAGCUCCUACCGUCGACUCGUUGCCUCUGCCUGCUGAUAAUAACAGUAAAGGUGGUCCAAUAAUACGUGAAAUCAGUCUAAGUCAUGGCACUUCCAUCCGUACCGUUACCAUGCCACCGCCACAUAUGAGAAAUUCCACGGGUUUAAUAAGUAACUUCCAACCCGUGCAGCUCAACCCUCAACCUGCACCUACCGAUACUGGAAACAACCUCGGUAGCAAGUCAGCGGAAAAGCUUAGCGAAGAGAAUAUACAACUAUUCAGGAAGUGCGAGGAAUAUAAAAAGAAAGAGGAUGAAAUGGAACAGACGGUAAGGAACUUAGAAAAAGAACUGGAAGAAGCUAAAAGUAAAUGUGCACAACUUGCUCUGCUUGUGGAUGCUAAGAGGAAGGAGAUGCAGCAAGUUUAGUUAAUACGUUACGACUGGAAUCUAAGAGCCCUAAUUUGAUUCAGAUGUAUAAUUAUGGUAUUGUUGCAUUUGCUUGAUACCAUAUGCACAUAUAUAAGUAGGGUACGUAUCUGUCUGUACAACAGUUAGGAUCUAACGCAAGCCUCUGGAAAAUAGUUCUAUUUAAAGAAUCAUAAGUUAAGAUUGUAUGAACCAAUUCUCUAUCAAAGUUAGAACUAGACUUGAUAAGGACUAAGAAG